AUGCCGCAGUGGUUUGUAAGCAGCUGGACUGUGGGUCUGCUGUUGGAGCUCCUCAAGUACACAGGGUUCAGGCUGGUGAACGGCAGCACAGCAUGUGCAGGGAAGGUGGAGGUCCAGGUGCUGGGGACCUGGGGGACCCUCUGUGCCUCCCGCUGGGAUCUCUCGGAUGCCCACGUUCUCUGUCAUCAACUCAACUGUGGGUUUGCUGAGGCCAUUCCUGGAGGAGAGCAUUUUGGGAGAGAGACUGGCCCUGUCUGGAGAGACUCCUUCCACUGUGACGGCACUGAAGCCCACCUGGCACAGUGCCCAGUGAUCACCCUGGGGGCCCCGCCAUGCUCCCACGGGAACACUGCUGCUGUCAUUUGCUCAGGUGGCUUUGCAUCCCUGCGGCUGGUGGGCGGAGGGAGCCGGUGCGACGGACGAGUGGAGAUCUUCCAGCAUGGGAUGUGGGGCAGAGUUCUGGAUGAUGAGUGGGACAUGCAGGAGGCCAGUGUGGUGUGCCGGCAGCUGCGGUGCGGAGAGGCAGGGACAGCCUACAACCCCCCAAAGCCUGAGCGAGGGACGGGCCCCCAAUUGGGCUUUCUACCCACUACAGGGAGCCGGUGGGUCCGACUGGUGAAUGGGACUGGGCGCUGUGCUGGGAGAGUGGAGCUCUACUACCAGGGCACCUGGGGGACUGUGUGUGAUGAUGGCUGGGACCUGUCUGAUGCCGCCGUCGUUUGCCACCAGCUGGGCUGUGGAACGGCGGUGGAGGCGGCUGGCUCUGCUCGGUUUGGGGAAGGCUCCGGGCAGAUCUGGCUGGAUGGCGUGAACUGCUCUGGGGCCGAAGCUGCUCUCUGGGACUGCCCUGCCGGGCCCUGGGGGCAGCAUGACUGCGGGCACAAAGAGGACGCGGGAGUCAUCUGCUCAGAGUUCGUGGCCCUGAGGCUGGAGAACAGCGACGGCUGCUCCGGGCGCCUGCAGGUUUUCUACAACGGGACAUGGGGGAGCAUUUGCUCCAACUCGAUGACUCUCAACACGGUGUCGCUGGCAUGCCAGGAGCUGGGCUGCGGGGAUGGAGGAUCCCUGGAAACACGCCUGCCCUACGGCAGGGUGUCUGGCCCUGCCUGGCUGGAUAACGUGCAGUGUGGGGAGAAAACCAGCUCCUUCUGGCAGUGUCCCUCCACUCCCUGGAACCCGCAGUCAUGUGAAGACCUGCGAGAUGAGACCCACAUCACCUGCAAUGAUCCCACUCGAGGCCGUCUGACUGGCAGCGGGAGAGUCUCAGUGCCCGUCAUCAUCUGCAUCAUCCUGGGGGCCCUUCUCUGCCUGCUCCUGGCCCUCCUGGCCGGGCAAGUGCUAAGCACCAGGACUGGGCGCAGAGGCUCCAGGAGAGCUCAGGAGCUCUUCCCCGAGGCCGUGUACGAGGAGAUCGGUUACAGCCCAGCAUGGGAGAAGCAGGCGAGGUUUGGUCGCUCAGGUGAGCCAGCAGAUGGCUAUGAUGAUGCCAGGGAGGUUUCUGACCCUGGGGAGGACGCUGCCCCUGAGCAGGGCGAGUGGGAAAUGUCCAGGGUGCCAGAGGAAGGAGCAGGGCCCAGGGAUGCACCCAGAGGGGCCAGCCUGCGCUCCCGGACAAGUGUCGGGGUCCCCGGAGCUGAAGGAGACACCUUGUCCCUGUCCCUGGCAAGCAUGGGCUAUGAUGAUGCUGAAGAGGUGUCUCUGGCACAUCCCCGUGAGGACACAAAGGCUGUGACAGUGGAGCUCUGUGCACAACAGUCCCUGAGCCCCAGGCCAGGAGAGCCCAUCCCUGCUGUGCAGCUGGGUGCAGCCGGGACGGAGGAGAGGUCUGUGCAGCUGGGAGAGCUGUGA